CUUGGACCCCAGCACCUUCCACGUCGCAUUAUUGUCCUUCAUCCCAUCUCAACCACAUUUCCACGUAGACAACCCACCCACAUUCCUUCUUCUUUUUUACUGUAGACUAGACCUUUCGUUUCGCUCUCUCUCUUUCUUCUGUUCAUCCCCCCCAUUUCACCUGUCAACGUCAUCAUCAUGUCUUCCAUCGCUUCAUCCUCCAAACUUUUCACUCCCAAGCGUUCCCGCGAUGAGGAAUCUCCCUCAGAUGUCGAAGAUAUCCCCAUGGACGAUGCCGCUAGGGCCAAACAGGCGAGGAAGGACGCAAGGACUAUUCGGAACCGUGAAUCAGCUCAGCGCUCACGGAAUCAACGCAAAGCCCACAUGUCAUACCUCGAGACCCGUGUCGCCGAACUCGAGGCGGAGAACAAGGCACUGCGAGGAUCCACUCGCGAACCCUCACCGACUCUCACCACCGUAUCGUUCUCUGAUACGGUCAAUUUGGCCAGUGUGGCUCCACCUCCCCGCGACCUGGACAUCAAACCGACAAUUGAAGAGUUACCUACUUUGAGCUCCCUACAGGCGGAAAACGCCUCUCUACGAGAACGCAUCGCACUUCUCGAGAACCUUGUCAAACAGGUCGUGGCGGUGUCAAACCUCGGCGGACUGGACAAGCCCGCAGACGUCACUGUCUCUCCCUCUCUCGCCCCCGCCAUUCCCCUCGUUAUUCCCUCGUCGACCGACCUCACUUGCCAUCCAGCAGCGAUGGCGACCAGUGAUUCACUGGCCCUGCAGCGGGUGAGGCCGCGUUCGCCUUGGACUCAUAUGACUUUGGAUCGAUUGGACAUGGUGGCGAGAUUGUUCGUGGCAGUGGCGAGACGGAACCCAACUUGGGGGGACAAGUGUUCCCCUGGAACGAUGAGACGAGCAAAGUGCAGGUCACGGCGGAUGGUGAGGAAUGGGAUAAGGAGAUGAACAAGUUGCUGGAACAACUGGAAGGAAAGGAUGUCAAGCAUGAUGGAUAUAUGGGAUGGGCAUUGGAGGGAUUUACAGGCGAAGGACUGACAGAGGUUCUGGUGUGAUCAUGAUGUCUGACUCGCGGCAGACUGAUCUGUUGCAGCUUAGGCCAACCUCUUGGAUCCGAUCCGUGUACACCCGCUCGCUGAAAGGCUUGAGCCGUGACAUGUGAGCGACCGAGAACAAGCCAAGGGCAUCCAUUAGUCUUUUGUAAUUUGGACACUCAUAGACAUGCAUCUAGCCUUCUGAAGA